CGUCACGGCCCGAGUGAUUUCAUGUAGAAGGGCGCCGCCUUGUGUUCUCUUGCAACAUUUAGCGAUAAGUGACACUAGGAGGGGAAGCAGUACAAACUGUAAGCUGCUGGCGGAUCCAUCUUGCUCGUACAAGAGGCGAGGUUGGAGGAUUUUAUCAGUUUAGUAUCUAAAAUACUGUAUCGUUCCCCGUUAACCGCGCUGGGGAGGCCGAGGCGGGCCUGUGCCGCUGUUUGUAGGAUGUCCCGACAUGAGGGUGUGAGCUGUGAUGCAUGUUUAAAAGGGAACUUUAGAGGAAGACGGUUUAAGUGUUUAAUUUGCUACGACUACGACCUGUGCGCGUCGUGCUACGAGAGUGGAGCCACAACAACAAGACACACCACAGAGCACCCAAUGCAGUGUAUAUUAACCAGGGUAGACUAUGACUUGUAUUAUGGAGGAGACACAUUUUCAGUAGAGCAACCCCAGUCAUUCACAUGUCCUUAUUGUGGCAAGAUGGGCUACACAGAGACAUCCCUGCAGGAGCAUGUCACCUCAGAACAUGCAGAGACUUCCACAGAGGUGAUCUGUCCAAUAUGUGCUGCCUUGCCAGGAGGGGACCCCAACCACGUCACAGAUGAUUUUACCGCUCACCUCACACUUGAACACAGAGCCCCAAGAGAUUUAGAUGAAUCCAGCAGUGUUCGACAUGUACGCAGGAUGUUCCACCCUGGACGAGGACUGGGCGGUCCCAGAGCACGACGGACAAAUAUGCACUUUACUAGCGGCUCCACGGGUGGACUUUCGUCCUCCUCAUCACAGAGCUCCACCUACACCCCCAGUAACAGGGAAGCAAUGGACCCAAUCGCAGAGUUGUUGUCUCAGCUGUCAGGUGUUCGACGUGCAGCAGGGGGGCAAAUAAACUCAUCAGGGCCUUCAGCCUCUCAGCUCCAGCAGCUCCAGAUGCAACUGCAGUUGGAGCGGCAGCAGGCUCAGGCAGCACGACAACAAGUAGAGACGGGUCGCCACGCGACACGGCGCAGCAACAACCCGGGCAACACUGGCAACGCCAUCCCUCCACCCAGCACAGCAACUGCCAACCCUGCCACUGUGGGUGAAAACAAUCCCUCAUCCUCGUCCCACAGCUCCCAGUUCCUAUUAGCACGGUUGAAUGAACCUAAGAUGUCCGAAGCAGAGCGGCAGUUUCUAGAAGGAGAGCGCGCCGACCGCAGCCUGUUUGUACAGGAGCUGCUUUUGUCCACGCUGAUGCACGAAGAGAGCUCUUCUUCUGACGAGGAAGAACGUCGAGACUUCGCCGACUUUGGAGCCAUGGGCUGCGUGGAUAUCAUGCCUUUAGAUGUGGCGUUGGAGAACCUCCAGCUUAGAGAGCGCAGCUCUACGGGGAAGGAGCCUCCGCCGCCGCCUCUUUGAUGUCCGAGGAUCAAGCAGACUGUGUCCUCUCUGCUGCAACUGUCAGUGAUGGGCAGCAAACAGCAGCAGUCCUCCCUGGCCUCAUCCUCCUUUCUCUCUUCUCUAUUUUCUGAGUUUGUUUUUGGUGAUUGUAAUUUCAGGCCUUUCACCAUUUUGUUACAUUGUAAACAAAAAUAAAUGAGAGCAAGUGGGAUAAAUGUGCGAGUGCGCAAUAGCAACUGAGUGAGCGAGCGAGAUGAGAGAAAUAUAUAAAUAUAUAUAAAAUAUAUAUGAAGUUGAUAAUCAAUCCACAUAACGUUUCUUUUCUUUAUCAGGUAAAUGUUACAGGCAGCCGUGGCAGACCUUUGCUUCCUAUGACAUGCAAAUGGCUCUCCAUAUAAAUAAUCCACAUUCAAAAGUCAAGAGGGCAAAGGCCCCUCUGAUGAAGCUGCUGUGUGUUUGACUAUUAAUAAAUAAAAAGUGCUUGGAUGGGUUACCAUAA